GAAAGUAAUAGUGAGCAGCGCGAGCGUUUCAUUCUACCUGCUGAUCACGCGCUGAUUAAAGCAUGGCCAAAUCUCAGUCGAGACGCUGCUGCCUGUGCGUACUCGCUUUGGUGUGCUCUGUUGCAAUUAUCUGCAUUUGUAUACUUUUAGCAACCAAACAGAGAUGCGCCUUCACAAACGCUGCUGUUGCUGCGGACUCUCUCAUGUGCUCCGACAUCGGCAGGGACAUGCUGAUUCAGGGGGGCUCAGCGGUGGACGCAGCCAUCGCAGCGCUGCUCUGCACUGGACUGGUCAACCCACAGAGCAUGGGCUUGGGUGGAGGGGCCAUCUUCACCAUUAUGGACAAAGCAGGCAAAGUGAAAAUCAUCAGCUCAAGAGAAACGGCCCCAAAAGGUGUCCAAGCGGAUUUGCUGAAUAAGUGUCCGAAAAAACUGACUUUGGAUACAGCAAAGGACCUCACAGGAAGUCACUGGAUAGGCGUACCAGGAGAAAUCCGUGGCUAUGAACGGGCUCAUCAGUUGUAUGGAAAGCUGCCCUGGGCCAAACUGUUCGAGCCCUCCAUCAAGCUGGCACGAGAGGGCUUCCCCAUGCCAGUCUACCUCAGUCAUUUCUUGCAGCAAAAUUUUACUAAAACGCUAAUUCAAGUCUCUGAACUCUGUAAACUGUUCUGCCACGAGAACAAGACAGUUUUUGGCCCAGGGGACAUCCUGAAGUUUCCCCGGCUGGCAGAAACCAUGGAAACUAUCGCCAAAGAAGGAGCUGAUGCCUUUUACACUGGAAAAAUCGCCAAAGACUUGAUACAGGAUGUACAAGCGAGAAGUGGAACAUUAUCAUUAGAUGACCUGAGCACUUUUAAGGUCAGAGAGAGUGAUGCAUUGACAGUCCAACUAGGAGAAUAUAAGAUGUACUUCCCCCCUCCACCAGCAGGGGGAGCGAUACUGAGCUUUAUUCUGAAACUGAUGCAUGGGUUCGGGCUUUCUCCAGCCUCCAACAAAGGAUACCAGAAAACCUUGACUUUGCAUCGCUACCUAGAGGCAUUAAAGUUUGCAAAUGGACAAAAGCAUAACCUCAAAGACCCCCUCUUCAGCUCCAGAGAUGAUAUGACGUACAUCACAGAUGAGAAGUUCAUCAAGCGAAUCAGGGCUCUGAUCACUGACGGCUUUACACACGAAGCCUCUUACUACAACAUCACCCCAUCAGUCGACCGCUUUGGCACAACGCAUGUUUCAGUGAUGGCAGCAGAUGGCACUGCUGUGUCAGUCACCAGCACCAUCAACCACCUGUUCGGGUCAGCUGUUUACUCUCCUAAAACGGGUAUCAUCCUCAACAACGAGCUUGCUGACUUCUGCGGCCAAAAAGAUUCCAUCAAACCAGGCGAACAGCCUCCCUCCUCGAUGGCUCCUGUCAUCCUGCAGUCUGCGUCCCAGCAGAAGACUCUUGUGAUUGGUGGAUCAGGAGGAACUUUCAUCACCACAGCCAUGGCCCUGUCCAUUAUGAACCACUUGUGGUUUGGGAUGAACCUUAAUGAAUCUAUCGCUGCUAAAAUAGUAUUUGUGGGCUCCAAUAACACCGUCGCCUUUGAGCCUGAAUGCAACGAAUCUAUCCAGGCGAUGGUGGGGUUAGGACACAAGGUGGAGAACCUCUCUUACCCGUUUUUCAAUGUGGUCAACGGUAUAUCGAAAGAAGGACAGUGCUUCACUGCCGUAUCUGACGCCAGGAAGCAAGGCAGGUCGGCGGGAUACUGACCCUGCCGUCAGCUGUUAGAGAUUAGUGUGGUGAUUCAUCAGGUCCGGGAGGAUGUGAGGGUGGAAGCAAAGGGUCAGCGCUCCCUUUCAGCGACGCCUGUAGACACUAUAAAUUCAAACACGGGGUGAUUGUGUACAGGGGUGUAUGUUGUUUCCGUCCAUGUCCACUUUUGUUGGACUCUUACAAAAGAGAAUUACUGUAAGAUUUGGCUGCAUGUGAAUAUGUCUUGUAUGUAUAGAGGAAACUGGGGCUAGUUGUCACAUGGAGGAAAGGGCAAUAUCUCAGAAACCACACUGGGAUACGUUCAAACAAGAGUCAACUGUUUAAAGGGUUAGGAUUUUAUCAAAAAUAUCAAAAUUUAUGAGACAGUUGUUGCCAAGCUUUCGAUUAAAUUUCAUAUUUGAAAUCACCAAUGAAAUUUGACAACAACUGUCUCAUAAAUUUUGUUUCUAAACGCUCAAAUCAUGACAAAAAACAGUAUUUUUCAGGCUGGAUCAAUCCUAAAUGCGCGUCUCUUGUGUCUCAUUUUGGAGGCGGCGCGUCUGACUGUUUCUAUAGGAACCGGAGCUUCUAACGGCCGCCAUAUUGCGCGUUGCACUUUCUCUCAUUCAAAACAAUAUGAGUGACGCAUCUUGUGUUAGUCUAUAGUCUUUGAGGUUAUGGCCUAAAAAAAUACAUCAUUCCUAUUACACUCUAUUUGUUUGAUAUUUUUGUAUAUGAUACCUUUUACAUUUACCUCUUUGCCGACUAAAAAUGUUUAUGUUUUGUGACUGUCUACUUUGAUUUUUCUACUGUAUCUUUAUUUUUCCUGGCCAGUAAUAUGGAAAUCUUCAGUAGCCAAGUUUUUUUUUAGCUAUACAGCGCGUGUCUAUGUAGAAACUGACAGCAUAGAAAUACAUCUAUGCUAAAAAAUAUUGACUGGAGUGAAAGUGUGACAGCUUGUCCCUGCCAUUUUCAGAUUUUGUAAGAAGCACUUAUCAUCCAGUACUGUUUCCUAUGAGAACUAAUAGCAGUUAACUUAAGGGAAAUGUUUCUGAAUACACAAAUAUAAUUUACUGAAUCUAUUUUUUAAUCUAAGUUUUUUUUAUUAUAAAUGUUGGGAAGACUGUUAAGAAUAUUGAAAUGUGAAUGUGACACUGCAACUGCAAAAAUAUUUUAGCAUUUAUUGUGUUGUUACCUGUGAAUGUUUUUCAUAUGCACUUUUAUAUUUUCCAUAAUGACAUUUUUAUAAAUAUAGUUUAACGUUUUUAAUAGCAUAUAUUGGUUGAACUUCAAUCAUAUACUGCUGUAUUUUAUACUAUUUUGAUAUUGUUUAUUGGAACUAUUCAGAGAUGGAAGUUUAUGGAUAUUCGAUAACAUGUCCCACAGAAUAUGCUAUGACAUAAUAUAACUAAAUCACAUUUAAGUGCAUUUUAAAUCUUGAUACAUCAAAAUAAAUCCUUUCUAAUGUCUUUAAA